GGUUCUGGGCUGCAAAGCUGAAGCUUUGGUUUUUGCUCUGAAUGAAGGACCUUCCCAGGACCCGAAGCCACACACUGGAAGCCUUGCAACUGAAGGGAGGCAGUCCUUGGCCUCUGCAGCCGACCACAUGAAGGUAGUGCCAAGCCUCCUGCUCCCCAUCCUCCUGGCACAGGUGUGGCUGGUACCUGGCUUGGCCCCUGAUCCUCAGUCUCCAGAGGCCCCAGCCCCUCAGAACCAGACCAGCAGGGUAGUGCAGGCUCCCACGGAGGAAGAGGAGGAUGAGGAGGAGGCCAGCAAGGAGGAUGAAGCUUGGCUGACAGCCAAUGAGCAGCAACUUGCAAAGGAGACUUCAAACUUCGGAUUCAGCCUGCUGCGGAAGAUCUCCACGAGGCACGAUGGCAACAUGGUCUUCUCUCCACUUGGCAUGUCCUUGGCCAUGGCAGGCUUGAUGCUGGGGGCCACAGGGCCCACCAAAGCCCAGAUCAAGAGAGGGCUCCACUUGCAAACCCUGAACCCCACCAAGCCCGGACUCUUGCCUUCCCUCUUUAAGCGACUCAGAGAAACCCUCUCCCGCAAUCAGGAACUGGGCCUCGCCCAGGGGAGUUUUGCCUUCAUCCACAAGGAUUUUGAUGUCAAAGAGACCUUCCUCAAUUUAUCCAAGAGGUAUUUUGAUACAGAGUGUGUGCCUAUGAAUUUUCGCAAUGCCUCAGAGGCCAAAGGGCUCAUGAACAAUUACAUUAACAAAGAGACUCAGGGGAAAAUUCCCAAACUGUUUGAUGAGAUUAAUCCUGAAACCAAAUUAAUUAUUGUGGAUUACAUCUUGUUCAAAGGGAAAUGGCUGACCCCAUUUGACCCUGUCUUCACUGAAGCUGACACUUUCCACCUGGACAAGUACAAGACUAUUAAGGUGCCCAUGAUGUACAGUGCAGGCAAGUUUGCCUCCACCUUUGAUAAGAAUUUUCGUUGUCAUGUACUCAAACUGCCCUACCGAGGAAAUGCCACCAUGCUGGUGAUCCUCAUGGAGAAAACGGGUGAUCACCUCGACCUUGAAGACUACCUGACCACAGACUUGGUGGAGACAUGGCUCAGAAACAUGAAAACCAGAAACAUGGAAGUUUUUUUACCCAAGUUCAAGCUAGAUCAGAAAUAUGAGAUGCAUGAGUUGCUUAAGCAGAUGGGAAUCAGAAGAAUCUUCUCACCCUGGGCUGACCUUAGUGAACUCUCAGCUACUGAAAGAAAUCUCCAAGUAUCCAGGGUUUUACAAAGAGCAGUGAUCGAAGUUGAUGAAAGGGGCACUGAGGCAGUGGCAGGAACCUUGUCAGAAAUUAUUGCUUAUUCCAUGCCUCCUGUCAUCAAAGUGAACCGGCCAUUUCAUUUCAUGAUCUAUGAAGAAACCUCUGGAAUGCUUCUGUUUCUGGGCAGGGUGGUGAAUCCGACUCUCCUAUGAUUCAGGACAUGCAUAAGCACUUAGUGCUGCAGUAGAUGCUAGUUUCAAGCCUACAUAGGAUAUCAGCAAUGGAUGGCAGGAUAGAGUGUCCCUUUUGUUCUUAACUAGUUUAGGGCGUUCUCAAAUAAAUACAGUAGUCUCCACUUAUCUGAGGGGGAUAUACUCAAAGACCCCUGGCAGAUGCCUGAAACAGUGAAUAGUGCUGAACUCUAUAUAUAUUCUUUCCUACACAUACAUAUCCAUGAUAAAGUUGAAUUUAGAAAUUAGGCACAGUUAAGAGAUUAACAAUAACAACAUUAAGUAAAAUGAGUUACUUGAAUGCAGGCACUGCAAUACAAUGACAUUCAAAGUAAUUAUAGAGAAGGCUACUAAGUGACUCACAGGCAAGGAGCGUAGAUAGUGUGGAGACAUUGAGCAAGGGGAGAAUUUGCAUCCUGGGCGGGGUGGGACAUAGCAGGACAAUGCAAGAUUCCAUUCCACUACUCAGAAUGUCAUGCCACUUAAAACUUUUAGAUUGUUUAUUUCUGGAAUUUUUCGUUUAAUGUUUUUGGACCAUGGUUGACCAUGGUUAAGUGAGACUGCAGAAAGCAAAACCAUGGAUAAGGAAGGACUACUACAAAAGCAUUAAAUUGAUACAUAUAUUUUUAAGAAGUUGUGCAAUCUGUCUGGUAUUUUACCUAUUUCUAAGAGUCUUAGUUAUUUGGCUGAAGACUAGCUGAGUAGAAUAUCUUUUCUCUGUUGCUCACAUAUUUGGAUUUUUCAAAAGCUAUAGGUGAGAACACUAUGUCAAGAUAAAGCCUUUGGGAGGAAGGCAUGUACACUUCCUCCUUGAGUCAUGUGUUUCUCUCUCUUUACUUCUCUGUGGUGCAAAAUAAGUGCUUUAAUCUAUUGUAGAAUCAUUUCUUGCUGGCUGAAAUCAGAAGAAAACAGCUCUAAUCAGUCCUGUUCACAGCAUCUGCUGCUAUGGUGCAUCAAAUCACUUGGCAGAGGCCACUGGCUGAAUCACAGAUCAUCUACCUUCAUUUUACAGAGGAAAGAAACAGGGACCCAGAAACAGUUCCACAUUCUUACUUUCAUGGGCCCUAGGCACUUUUACCCUUGUAGACUCCUCCUUCUUUCAUGUAUAUAUAUGUUUUAUGGCUGCAUUGGUAAAAAGAUGAAUAUAUUUGUCUUUCAAAGUUGUCUGUUUAGCUUCAAAGUUGUAUGUCUAGCAUAUGGCGCUAAGCAAAACACCUUCACGAGCCCUUACAGUACUGUCAGCCUUGGGCACUGUGUCUUCGGCAUCUAGUGGUUAAGUCAUACCUUAUAUCUCAGUGGGAAGAAAACACUUGUCCAAGGUCUCCCAGGGUGGCAGUGGCAGUCAGAGGCCUUCCUUUCCUGAGUCUAGUCCUCGAGCCCUUUUCACUCUUCCUUCCUUCCAUCUAAAACACGUGAUGGGGACCAGGUAAACAGAGAGCAUGCACUACAGCUACCUGUGGGGGUUAAACAGAACAUAAGCACAAACUUUGUCCCAGGGUGAAAAGGGAAAUGGCAAAUAUCCCUGAUUUUCCUUAGGCAGUCAUUUUCUGUCACAGAAACAGAAGAGAGUAUACUGAGUGAAUCUUGAAUAGAGUGUCAGCUAUGUUGAUUAAAUGCCUAGCUGGAUUUCUGUCUGUCUGCUAUCUAAUGUUUAAACAAAUCUAAAAUUCAUUUAUUGAUUAGUUGUUUGACUAAUGUAAUAUGAAUAGGUAAUAUUAACAUGAGUCUAAAUACUGACUUUUCAUCAUUCCAGGUUAUGUAUAAAAAUCAAUCCAGGUUUUGGAAUGAUGAAAAGUCAGUACUUAGACUGCAUAAUAAAACAAAAUUCAUUUCUGUAUUAAUUCCAAGAGCACUAACUGACACUCAUGAAGAGACAGGCAAUUCUAGGCCCUAGAGGGCCAAAGACAGAGAACUAACUCCUACAUUCCUAAGUCACUUGUUUGUGUUCAGUUAGUCAGAUUUGUUUGUGGAAAAAAUAGUAGAAAGAAAAAUAAAGUAGAAUUCAGUCAAAUUUCCCACUUUUAAGAAAUGAAA